CCUUCGCGGACCUGGCUCGUCAGGCGGGGGCAGGCCCCCCGCUCGUCGACUACCUGACGGCGAAGGGCUUGGACCGCACGGCGACCCUCGCGCUCAUCGUCGACAACGUCCCCGACUUGGUCCGCCAGGUCGUCGAGCCGUUCACGGCGGGGUGCACCAUCAACGGCGUCGACCACUCGGCGCGGCCCGAGCACCACGCCACCGUGAGGGCCAUCAUCACCCACAUAUGGCGGGAGGCGCGCAGGCAAUGGGACAUAGCCAUGGCGCCUCCCCCGGCCACGCCGGCACCGGCCUCGACGCCCACAACGACGGUGACCUCGAUGCACAUGGCGGUCGACCCCGACAAGAAGAUCCCCAAGACCUUCGCCCACUGGGCCACCCAGAUCGACGUCUACAACAACCGCCUCCUCGACGGCAAGAAGCGGCGCUUCCCUGAGAACAUGCUCGCUGGCGCGGAGUCCGUCCUGGCCAGGGUGUGGCAUGAACACACCAAAACCAAGGCGGCUUUUCACGGCGGUUCGUCGGCGGCGGCCGGCCAGGCGCUUCGACUUGUCAACGGCGAGGUGGUCUCGGUCGAGGAUUUUGAGUGGGCUCCGCGGUCUCUGCUGGCAAUCAUCGACGGUGUCGACGCGGCCAGGUGGGCCCUCAUACUCGUCGAGGUCGGCAAAGAAGAGGACGUUAACAUGUUCGCUGACUGGUUCGUGAAGCGGCUGUGGUUGAAAGCGUCGUGGGCCAUCGCCCUGGGUAUGCGGGCCGGCAAGACGUUCAAGGAGAUGGCGGCGGAGGCAAUCGCCGCGGCGGUGGCGGCAACCGUGAUCGACGGGGUGACCGUGCAGAAGAUCGCGACGAUCGAAGGGAAGACCGCUGAGACGACCGUCGAGAUGACCGUCGGGGAGACCGGGAUCAAGAGUGGCGGCGCGGCGGCGGCAGAGGCUACCGCCAGCAGCACCAACAGUGGACACACGACGAGGAUCGGCAAAAGCGACCGUCGCCAGUGGGAUGCCUGGGGGCAACAGUCGGGAGCCACCGGCGGCAACAAGCGCAAAGACGCGGCCUUCGCGUGGGAGAUCGACGGCGCUUGCCGGAGGGUGGCCGAGGAGCGCCUCCCUUGGCUCAAGCAACGGGGCGACCUGACUAAGGACUCGGCGGAUGACGUCGCCAGCACCAUCGAAGAUGUCGACCCCGACGGCGAGGCGAUCAUCGUCGUCACCAUGGCGCCGCCCUGCCAGGACUUCAGCCUGAUCAGGUCCGACGGCCCGGGGCACCGAGGCAAGAACGGCGGCCUCUUUCUCAAGGCGACCGGCUUUGUCGGCGGGGCGGUGUUCGGCGCGGUGGGGCGGGCGGCUAUCCAGCCAGUACACAAAAGGGCGGCGCAACCAGGGCGAAUGGACACCAACCUUACGCCAAAGCUGGUCGACGCGCUCCUUGCGUCGGCAGCGCUGCUGGACCACAUCCAACCCAGGUUCGUCCCGUACGGCGAGCCCAGGCCGACGCAGGCCACCAUCUUCGCAGACGCGUUCUUCGUCGACCAAGGCCACCACAUCAAAGCUGGGCAUGUGCCAGACGACGCUGGCAGACAUCGGAACCA